AUGUUAUUGUCUGAUACAGAGAUUGAGUCAAUUACAUCCGUUCUCCAUGCGUACGGAAACGCUCUCAAGAGCCGUAACGUUGAGGAAGCCGUCGCGCUUUACACAUCUGAUGGUGUCAUAAUGCCGCCGCACUUCACGGCCAGCGCAGGCACAAGCGCACUCCGGGAGUCUUACACCAGGAUCUUCUCGUCAAUACAACUGGUUAUUGCUUUUAGCAUUGACGAAGUUGUAGUCAUGUCCCCCGAGUGGGCCUUUGCGAGGACAACGGCAGAGGGUACGAAGACGAUGCUGGCAACACAGGAAUCAGAGCCACAUGCAAACCAAGAACUGUUCAUCAUGAAAAAGGAAGAGGGGUCGUGGAAAAUUGCCAGAUAUGCCUUUUCAACUAUGAAGCCACUCGUACAAGAUGGUAUUCGCAGAAGUUGA